UAAUACUAACACUGCUAACAGAAAAUGGCUAAAACUCGUGGUAAGAAAACAAAAAGGUCAAUCCUUGUAAGAUUACUGAAUUUCUUCUGCUGCUGCAGGGGUAAGGAUGAAGAUGAAAAGCAACACUCAAAUGAAGAUGAUAUUAUUGUCACGCGGAUUUACAAAUCUUCAAGCGCUGUGACAUUUCAUGACAAUCAAGACAUAGUCGCCGGGUUUCCUUACAUGCCAAAACCUAGCAAGAGUGAUACUUUUGAAGUGGCAGGACGACUUACAACCCAGGAAAGACAAGCAAACCGUAGCAGCAACAAGCAAGGAAAGAAGAAAUCCAAGAGAAAGCAAGGUACACCAGAUGCUGCUGCUAGUUAUGAUGUAGGCGGUGAUGUAGAGGAUGUGAAUUUUGAUGACAGCGAGGGGCUUGAUAUUCUGACCGCUUUUUAAAGACGAAUUAUGACUGAUAUGUGAACAGAUGCACGAGAGUCGAUGAGGAAUAUAAGUCACGUGAACGAUACAUUGCUUGCUCAGUCACAGAAAGAAGUGUUCACACAUCUGUUGCCGGUGAUCGUGUGUAUGGCAGUCGUCGGUGUCGUCGGAAUACUUGGAAACAUCUUUGCUUUCAUCUUCUACGCUUUCAAAGUCAAACGUACCGCCUGUACCGUGCAGAUAGCUUGCCUCUCGGCUGUGGACUUCCUCGUUUGCGUUAUGAUCAUCCCUAACAUUGUUGAAAUGGCCGUCAAUGUGAAAUAUGAUCAACCUUUUCUCUGUAAACUGACCCACUUUUUAGGAUUAUGGACGAUCGGAAGUUCUUGUUUUAUACUGUGGCUUAUAGCACUGGACAGACACAGAAAAAUAUGCAAGCCGUUUGCUAAGCAGAUGACGGUAAAGUCAACUGUGCGCGCUAUUGUAGGAUUGUUGGUUUUAGUAUUUCUCCUGUCUGUGAGAAAUUUCGCCAUUUUUGACUGUAUCGAAAUAGAUGUCCAGAUUUCGGGCAGCAAUGAAACGGUCAGAGGCCGAUACUGCACGACAAGGGCCGAUUCUGGAUAUAAACUUAGUGUUUCGAUAUUUCAUGGCGUUGACUUUCUUAUAAGUUUGAUGAUUUGGCUUACAGUAAUUGUUACAUACACGCACGUACUUUGCACACUGUUUAGAAUGAGACGCACAUUUUCGCAAGACAAAAAGGCCAGUGGGGAGAACGACGCGCGCAGCGCAACGGAGAGAAACAUCACAUACAUGAUGCUUACAGUUUCCCUUGUAUUCGUACUGUGUUUCUUCCCGUACUAUGUAAUCAAAGUGGUAAUGAGACUGGCUUUGAAAGCCGGGGAGGAGUUUGAAAUGGCUGUGGGGGCACAAUUUGCGCUGAGGCUCGUGUAUUUCAACAGUGUUUUCAACCCAGUGGUGUAUUGCUUCUUCAACCCACAAUUCAGACAUUAUCUAAACAACUUGCUUUUCAGAUGCUUCCGGUGUGGAAAGGACAAUUAUUGUGACACACAACAUGAAACACAGUCUUCAUUGGUCUGAAAAUGCUAAAUUUAUAACUUUGAAAGGCUUUUCAACAGCUAGGUUUAACUCUCAUAAUUCUAGCACGUAAUUGGCUGUUUCUGGCAGUUGUUUUUAACUGACCAAUAGCAAGACAAUAGUCUUAGACUGGUCUUCUAACUUGUGUGAUAAAUACCAGUCUAACUUCUAGUCAGUAAUAAGACGCAGACGACUUCUCCAAAGGAGACGGCAGAAGGCAGAAAGUACGUUGCAUUUAUUGAUUAAACAUUUUUCAAACUGUUUUCCCUUUUGUAAAUCAGACUGUUUGAUAAGAAUUCCAUAAAAUGAUAAACGAACUUUUCUUCUUUAUUUCAAAGAAACAAAUGUAAGUUGUACAUCUUGCAAAAGGCCUUUGUUUGUGAUAUAUGACAUUCCUUGAGUUUUAGGAGGGUUGUUUGUUUACUUUUUUUUUAUAUUCAUUUCUUUGUAUAAUCAUUCAUGUUUUGUAAUGUAAAUAAAUAAUCACAUUUUA